AUGGCGGGCAGCGUGUGGACAGCUCUGGAACUCUCCCUUAGCUGCAUCUCAGCCCUCAGUCUCAUCUCCCCUGCCUGGUUCCAGAGCCCUACCUUCUCCUUUGGUGUCUUCACCUACUGCUCCUGGCCUCAGAGUGGCAGCUGGAACCAGAGCUGUGGGACCUUCAGAUCCCUGGAUGAUAUUCCUGACUUUGCCUGGAAGGUCUCGGCUGUGCUUCUCCUUGGAGGCUGGCUCCUGUUGGCCUUUAAUGCGGUUCUUCUCCUCUCCUGGGCCCUGGCCCCCAAAGAGCUGUGCCCCAGGAGGGGCAGUGGCAAAAUUCCGGUGGUUCAGGCAGCUGCAGCCACCACCACCAUUGUGGGCCUGCUGGUUUUCCCCACCAGCCUGGCCUCCCCAUUUGCCAAGGAAGCCUGCGGUGCCUCUUCUGUGUACUACAGUGGACACUGCAAACUGGCCUGGGGCUAUGGGACCGCCAUCCUCAAUGCAGUCCUGGCCAGCCUCCUGCCUGUGAUCAGCUGUUCCCGCAUGACCAAAGUUCAGGGGAGGACCAUCCUCUUCUCCAGUGACACUGAGAAAAUCAUCCUAGUGCCAGAAAUAAGCAAAUAA